GUCUAUCCCCAACAACAGCAAGCUCGAUCGAGUCAAGCCCCACAACAUGGGUAUGGUCCUAAGAACAAUUACCAAGGCCCCCAAGGGACUUUUCCUGGUCAGCAAAUGCACAUACCACCUGGCUUUCCCCACCAACCACCCCAGCCUGCACCUACAACUGAGCUUGAAAGAAAAACAUAUACUCUCUCUUGCUUGCUUCAAGGCCAUGUUGAAACAAUUGCUACAAGGGCAAGCUGAUGGUGUUGUGGACACAAGUAAGAAGCUAGCUGAAAUUAACUCCAAGAUUGAGAAUCUCAACACAAGAGUGUACUCUCUGGAGAAUCAUGCUUCUUCUGUUGCUGUUCUACAAAGCAAGGAAACUACCUGGUAA